UCUCCUCCUCCACUUCUUCUUCAUCAAUUCCACCUCCAUUUUCUCUCUCUAAAAAUCCUCCGCCACUUUCUCUCUCCUCUGUCCCUCUGCCACUGCCCUCUUCUCCUCCAUGAGAGCUUGUUUACGUACUCUCCCAUGGGCAAGUACAUCAAGAAAUCCAAAUCCUCACGGGAAAUCACCCUCAUCGACGCCUCUCAAUCUUCCUCCUACAUUGGCGUUCGAACUCGUGCCAAAACCCUAGCUCUUCAGCGCCUUCAGAAGGUUUCAAAUUCCCCCCCGCCGUCGUCGUCUCCGGCCACCUCUGGCUCUUAUCUCCAGCUCCGUAGUCGUCGGCUGCAAAAACCGAUGAGUAUUGCUAUUGCGAAUGAGUCCAGGAAGCAGAAAUUGACGCAGAGGCAGAGGAGUGCUGAUGCUCGUGGCCGGAGAGUUAAUGUAGAUUCCAGAGGUUCCUCGAGGUUGGGGGUUUGUUCUGUUGCUGCUGGUUCUAUUGAGUCCGUCUCGCGUCGGCGCGUUCACGGCGAUGUGAAAGAAACGGCGGCGGUGGUUGAAGAAAUUGUGGUUAAGAAGAGUGAGGUUCAGGAAAAUGUGAAUAUUCUCGAUAUUGGGGCUCAGGAAGACGCUUCGUUUGGAGAAAAUAAUUUGGAAUUUGAAGGUAGAACGAGUAGGGAAUCCACUCCUUGUAGUUUAAUAAGGAAGGCCGACAGCAUACGAACGCCGAGCUCUUCUACGAAGGUGUCAAGUACCACUGAUGAUAGGAUACAGCUGCAGAACUCCUCUGCAACAGAUGUUCCAACUGCUCAGGAAGUUGACGAUUUCUUCAACUGGGCCGAAGGAGAGCAGCAGAGGAAAUUCAUUGAGAAGUAUAACUACGACCCCGUCACAGACAAGCCACUUCCCGGUCGUUACGAAUGGGAGAAAUUGGACGAUUAGAUCACGAAAUUCACUCAAUAUAUCAGGAUUCCGGACCUAUUUUUCUCAAUGUUCUCAGGUUAUGUUGUGCUUAUAAUUGGUAGAUAGUCAGAUCUUAGUUUCUGUCACCCUUUUACUUGUAAAGAAGUAGGGCUGUACUAAUGGCUGUAACAUAACAAGAAUUUGAAUUACACAGCAAAUAGGACUCAAGGCCUGAGGGCGCAGGGUGUAUGGAUUGGUGUAGGAUUUAGGCCUUUGGGUAAUCUGGGUAAUUAGGUGAAUGUGUGGGGUACAGAAAUUUACUUAGAAUUUUUUUUUUUUACUUUUACUCCAUUUGUACUGUAUUUUCCCUCCCUAUACUUGGACCGAUGGAAACAG